GAGAACAGCAAGAGCGAGCAGCGAGCCGGGAGGCAGCAUGGGCCUGAUCUUCAGCCAGCUCUACCAGGCGCUGCCCGGCCUGCAGGCUCGCGUCCUGCUGCUGGGGCUGGACGGCGCGGGGAAGACCACCGUCCUGUACAAGCUGAAGCUGAACGAGGCCGUCUGCACCAUCCCCACCAUCGGCUUCAACGUGGAGCCGGUGGCGCCGGUGCGCGGUGUGUCCUUCACGGUGUGGGACGCGGGCGGCCAGCAGCAGAUCCGGGCGCUGUGGCGGCACUACUACAGGGGCGCCCAGGGGCUGCUGUUCGUGGUGGACUCCGUGGACGGCCCGCGCCUCGCCGAGGCCCGCGAGGAGCUGGAGGCCAUCCUGGCCCACGCGGAGAUGAGCGGGGUGCCCUUCGUGGUGCUGGCCAACAAGCAGGACCUGCCGGGGGCCCGGGGCCCCGCCCGGCUGGCGGACGCCCUGGGGCUGGACAAGCGGAGCGGGCAGGACUGGCACGUGCAGGCCUGCUGCGCCACGAGCGGCGAGGGCCUGACGGGGGGGCCCUGGCGAGGGCGUGCGUCUCCAGACCGCUGCCUAGGCUCACCCGCGGGAUCCCUGUGGCCCUGUGUCGCAGCGUCGCGGGAUGUGAGCCCCACAAUUCAAUUCAUUCGAUUUAUCUGUCGUGAUCCUUCCACGGGUGCAUAGUAUAGUGACAAGUGUUUCUCAUUAGUCUCUCAGGUGCAGUAUAUAAAUAGAAGACAAGACAAUAGACUGUAACACAAUAACUGUGUGGUAACAACCAGGACAAAGCAGAGAGAGGUGUUCUUCUCAGCACCCGUUUGAGUUAUAAAGUCUGUUUAAAGGACGCAGUCUUGUUCACCACGGCUUGUGACUUUGCCUUCUUCAGUUUGACUGUUGAGACGGGUCACCGGUGGCCACUCAUGUUAUAUCUGAGGCUGGGCGUGGUCUCACGCCUGUACGAGAUCAAGAGGAAACUCUGGGCACCUGGCACCUCAUCUCGCCUUCUCCUCUUUCCUUCGUCUGGGCACUGUUUCUGGGGUUU